GCCAGGACUUGGUGCGCAGUGCCAUGGGGAACCUGCCGGGGGCCCUGUCCCCCUCCCAGACCCACUUCUGGAGUCUUGACCUCUGCUCCAGGCAUCGGGCGUCCGUCGCGGAAGAAAGCGCCCCCACCAAAAAGUGCAGCUGCCCAGUUGUCCACCCAGCUGACCACCCCACCGAACCCCCCAAGUACACCCGGCUGAAGAACUGGCAGACGGGCUCCAUCCUGUAUGACACUCUCAAUGCCCAGACCUUGCAGAAUGUGCCAUGCAAUGAGAGGCGCUGCCUGGGCUCCGUCAUGUUCCCCAAGCAGAUGUGUGCUGCUCUGGAGGGCCCGCGCCCCGCGGAAGAGCUCCUGCCCCUGGCGCAGGACUUCAUUAACCUCUACUACCACUCCAUGAAACGCUCGGAGUCCCAGGCCCACCUACAGCGCCUCCAGGAGGUGGAGCAGCAGAUUGCAGAGACAGGCACCUACCAGCUGCUGCAGGCAGAGCUGAUCUUUGGGGCCAAGCACGCCUGGCGCAAUGCCUCCCGCUGCCUGGGCCGGAUCCAGUGGAACAAGUUGCAGGUGUUUGACGCCCGAGAUUGUGCCAGCGCCCAGGAGAUGUUCACCUCCCUCUGCACCCACAUCAACUAUGCCACCAACCGUGGAAACCUCCGCUCAGCCAUCACCAUCUUCCCGAACCGGAUAGCCGGCCGGGGCGACUUCCGCGUCUGGAACCAGCAGCUGAUUCGCUAUGCAGGCUACGCGCAGCCAGACGGCACCACCCUGGGAGACCCAGCCAACGUGGAUUUCACGGAGGUCUGUGUUCAGUACGGCUGGCGGCCCCCCCGUGGGCGCUUUGACAUCCUCCCCCUGCUGCUGCAGGCGCCUGACGAGGACCCCGAAAUCUUUCCCCUGCCAGGGGAGCUGGUCCUGGAGGUCCCCAUCUGCCACCCCACGCUAAAGUGGUUCAAGGAUCUGGGCCUCCGCUGGUACGCCCUCCCUGCGGUGGCAAACAUGCUCCUGGAGAUCGGGGGCCUGGAGUUCCCGGCGGCCCCCUUCAGCGGCUGGUAUGUCGGCUGUGAGAUCGGCAUGAGGAACUUCUGUGACUCUCAGCGCUACAACCUCCUGCAGGAGGUGGCUGAGCAGAUGGGGCUGGACACCCAGACGACCUCCUCCCUCUGGAAGGACAAGGCGGCCGUGGAGAUGAAUGUGGCCGUUUUGCACAGUUUCCAGCUGGCCAAGGUGACCAUCGUGGACCACCACGCCAUCGCCGACUCCUUCAUGAAGCACCUGGAGAACGAGCAGCGCCUGCGCGGGGGCUGCCCCUCAGACUGGGUCUGGCUGGUGCCCCCCAUCUCCGGCAGCCUCUCCCCCAUCUUCCACCAGGAGUUGGUGAACUACCAGCUCUCUCCCCUCUUCCGGUACCAGAGCGACCCCUGGAAAACCUACAUCCCCAAAGGAACCACAGUCACCCGAAAGAAGACCUUCAAGGAGAUUGCCAAAGCGGUCAAGAUCUCAGCCCAGUUGAUGGGCCACGUGAUGGCCAAGCGGGUCAAGGCCACAAUCCUGUACGCCUCCGAGACGGGGAAGUCGCAGGCCUACGCCCUGAAGCUGAAGCAGCUCUUCAAAGGCUCCUUUGCCCCCCAGGUGGUCUGCAUGGACGAAUACGACGUCGUUUCCCUGGAGCACGAGACCCUCGUCCUGGUGGUGACCAGCACCUUUGGCAACGGAGACCCCCCCGAGAAUGGCGAGAGAUUUGCCCGAGCCUUGAUGGAGAUGUCCUGCCCUUACCUUGCAGACUCCGAGCCUGAACUACAAAAGAGCUACAAGAUGCGCUUCAACAGCAUCUCUCAAUCCGAUGCCUCGGUAGCUGCGUGGAAGACCAAGAGGAGGGCGUCCAGCAACACGGACAGUGCAGGCGCCCUGGGGACCCUCAGGUUUGCCGUCUUUGGGCUGGGCUCCCGGGCCUACCUGCACUUCUGUGCCUUUGCCCACGCCGUGGACACACGUCUGGAGGAGCUGGGGUGCGAGCGGAUCCUCCCCAUGGGCGAGGGGGACGAGCUCUGUGGCCAGGAGGAGUCCUUCCGCACCUGGGCCAUGGACGUCUUCAAGGCCGCCUGCGACACUUUCUGCGUGGACCCCCAGGUGGUCGGCACAGAGGUCUUCAACACCUCUCACUGGAAGCGCAGUCGCUUCCGCCUGGUGGUUCACCCGGCAGCCCUGGAUCUCCUGCCAGGCCUGACCCUUGUCCACAAGCGCAAUGUUGUUCCAUCCCACCUCCUCUCGGUCAAGAACCUGCAGAGCCCAGAAUCCAGCCGCUGCACCAUCCUGGUGCAGCUGCGGACAGGUGACCAGCCAGAGCUGGCCUACCAGCCGGGGGACCACGUGGGCAUCUUCCCCGCCAACAACGCGGAGCUGGUGGACGCCAUCCUGCAGCGAGUGGAGGACCCGCCCCCUGCCAACGAGGCUGUCACCGUGGAAACCUUGGAGGCGGGAGAGAGCCCAAAGCGCUUGUGGGUCCCCAGCCCCCGCCUGCCCCCCUGCACGCUGCGCCAGGCGCUCACCUUCUACCUGGACCUCACGACGCCCCCCAGCGCCCAACUGCUCCAGAUCCUGUCCACACUGGCAGAAGACCUGGUCGAGAGGGAGAAGCUGCAGCGGCUGGGAGAGGACUCCCUCCUGUACGAGGAGUGGAAGUGGUUCCGCUGCCCCACCAUGGAGGAGGUCUUGCAGGAGUUCCCCUCGGUCGCGCUGCCGGCCUCCCUGCUCCUCACCCAGCUGCCCCUGCUCAAACCACGCUACUACUCCCUCAGCUCAGCGCCCAGCGCCCACCCAGGGGAGAUGCACCUCACGGUGGCCGUACUCAACUACCACAGCCAGAACGGCAAGGGUCCCCUUCACUUCGGCGUCUGUUCCACGUGGCUUUCGAAGCUGGCGCCUGGCGAGAUGGUGCCAGCUUUCGUCCGAGGCGCCCCAAACUUCCAGCUGCCCCAGGACCCCACAGCCCCCUGCAUCCUGGUAGGGCCUGGCACCGGCAUCGCCCCCUUCCGGAGCUUCUGGCAGCAGCGGCUGCACAGCCUGGAGGCCGAAGGGCUCCCCCCAGGCGAGAUGACGCUGGUCUUUGGCUGCCGCAGCUCCCGCUACGACCACAUCUACAAGGAGGAGGUGCAGGAGGCGCAGCAGAAAGGGGUCCUCAGCCGCGUCCUCACCUGCUUCUCCCGCGACCCAGAUUACCCCAAGACGUACGUUCAGGACCUGCUUCGCCUGGAGCUGGCCAGCUACGUCCACGAGGUCCUUUGCCAGAGGGGGGGCCACAUGUAUGUCUGCGGGGAUGUCACCAUGGCAACGGGGGUCCUGCAGACCGUCCAGCAGAUCCUGGCCAAGGAGGGCAGCAUGACGCUGGCGGAGGCCGGAGACAAGAUCAGCGAACUCCAGGACCAGAACCGCUACCACGAGGACAUCUUUGGCCUGACCUUCCGCACGCAAGAGGUGGCCUCGCUCAUCCGCAGCCAGUCCAUCUCCCAGCAGAAGCGCCAGUCUGUGCUCAGCCUCGCCCCGUCCCUCUGAGACCCUCGCAGCUCCGGAUCCUGCCAUUAAAAGCCUCGUUUCCCCCCUGCCCUGCUCUGUGGCCUCUCUGCACUCCUUUCUCCAAAGAGGGGAGGGUCUUAGAAGAGCAGCGCUGCCUCCGA